AUGAUCUCCAUACCGAUUCCGGCCACGGCGGCCAAUCUCAUUAAGACUAACCAACUGCGCAGGAGAUAUUAUAGUGCACAAGUGUACGCGCAGACACAACGUACACUCUCUAUUCCUGUCACUCUCAUACUCCGGUGGGACGACAGCUCGACACGACCGGUGAAAGUACUAAUUAUUUUGCUACUAUUUGGCGUACAGCUUUACUGUGGAGAAGACAUAGCCAAAAUUGAGUUUGACAAUGGCAAAGAAGUAUACGAAAUUCGUGAAUUACAAAACAAGAGUGUCGAAUUCAUAAAUCCCAAAGAGGACAUACCGAUAUUACGCGAGAUUUUAUUCUACAAAGUCAUUGAAAAGCCUUACAUACAAGAGACCAAUGAACAGGUACCAAUUAUCGAGAAAUCGAAAGAUGAGCAGGACAAACAAGAGCCGGUAUUUGAUGAAACUCGUCGAUCUUUCACCAAUGGUCAUGGAUUUCAGUUCUCAAACGGGGAAUAUCAGGAUGAGGAUACCCAUAAUGUAGAAAAUAAGAAUACAUACAGUAAUACCAAUGAUAAUAAUCUUUCUGAAGGCGAACAUAAAGAUGUUGAUGACAAUGAUGACAAAGAUCAUAUCGAACGUGAUAAAAAUGACAACGUUAAUGAUAAAUUUGAUGAUAAUUAUAGCAGUGACAAUGAUAAUGCUAAAAAUGAUACUACACAUGAUAAAAAUGAUGACAUGUUUGAAUAUGACGAUGAUACGGAAGAUAGUAAUAAAAAACAAUUGAAUAGCAAUAAUGAAAUCAUAAAAAAAUAUGGUAAUUAUACAGAUGAUGAUCAGAACGGAAAUAAUACGAAUGCUAACGAAACAAAUUAUGACACAGAUGAUGACAAUAUUGGGAAAACGAACAUUACUAGAGAAGAUGUGAAUGAUGAGAAUACAAAAGAAGACAAAAUUCCUGAAGAAGAACUCAAUUUGGUGAAAAAAUUGCGAGCGCAACUUUUGAACUCCACUAAAGAAAAAUACCACAGUAUACAAAGAUUACAUGAAACUGAGAAAAAAGAGCGUCGUAAGAGAGAAGUUAACUAUCGAAAUAUUCCAGAAGCUCCGAGAUUACCGGACCUAGAUGUUAAAAGUUUCCCAAGUUACAUACAACGAAUGCUAGCAAACCGACCUAUUUUUGGCAAUGAUGAGAAAUCAAAUACCAAAAACGAAUAUGACACAAGUCUGAUUGAUAAAAUGUCUGGUAUAUUUCCUCCUGACAACACUGCUUCUGGUAAAGCCAAGACUUACGGAUUUAAAUACAAUCAAGCUGGAAGUGCUUCGUGGAAUGAUUUAUAUAAAACCCAAAAUCAUCAUAAAUCAAACGUCCCAAAUGUUUUGGAUCUAUCGGGAUCACAAACGAACAAUCCGUAUCAAGUACAAAAACCGACUAUUGAUAUUCGAGAUAAUAUUAUCCCUGAAGGAGAUGAAACGUUAAACAAAAAUAAAAAAGAAAACUAUCAAUCUCCCAUCAAUAUUAUCCCAUCUCUAGAUAUAAAUUUACCGGCCGAAAAAGACCACGAUGAAAUAAAAAAAUAUACUGAAGGUGAAAAACAUAGUAAUACAGAAUCUAAAAACAAAGAAAAUGUUAACACAAAUUAUAUCGAUAAUGGUUUUGAUAUGAAAGAUAGAUUAAUAGAUAUGUUACAUAAUAUAGAUAGCAAGUUAUCAAAUGGAAAGAAACCAAAAACAUAUGGUAUGAGUUUAAAGAAUGAUAAAGGAGAAAUUUGGAAUGAUAUUGCAGGGGUCCCAUCGAUGAAUAUUGACAAUACACAUAAUGAAGAUGCAUUAGAAAAUGAAUCCAUAAAUGACCCAAAUAAAAUUAGUAAUAUUGAUUAUGUAAAAGAAGAUAAUGUCAAUAAUAAUAAAGACAAUGACGAAAAAACCCCUAAUAUAUUUGAAUCGGCCAAUGAGCCAAAUAAAAUUAAUAAUUUUAAUGAUGCGAGAGAAGUUAUGGAUUCAUUUCAUGAUGAUAAUAAGAAAGAAUUAGACAAUUAUGACAAAAGCAAUCCUGAUGAGCAAAGGGCUUCUAUACACGAAGUAAAUAAUAAUGCAGAAAAAACGCCUUAUAAAGAAAAUCUUUUUAAUGUGCCACCACCAGCGCCAAAAAAUCCCGAUUUUAAAUUUAACGAACAAUUCAUAACAUCAACUAACAAACCAGAAGUGAGUUACAAGCGAGUAAACGAAAUUGUACAACAUACUACAGGAAUUCCCAGUAUUCCUUAUUUUACUCAAAGAUCUACAGAAAAAUCAAUAGAAGUAACUGAAAAACCAAAAAUUGAAGAAUCUAAAAUAGAAAAAGAGCAUCAACCAAUAGAUAAUGAAGAUCUCAGGCAUAAAAUUGAAGAGUCUUUCGAUAAUAUUAUAAAGCAGUUCCCAAAACUAGAACCAAUGAGAGAAGAAACUACAGGUGCAGAUGUUUCUAAGAAAAAUGACGUUAGAAAUAAUAACAACAAACCAAGAACUUAUGGAAUGCAUCUAGAGGGUGAUCAUGGGGAUGUUUGGAAUGAUCUUACAAACCCAGGAACUCAUGUGAAUGUGGGAGAUUUAGAAAAUAUGAAAGUGACUGAACCAAGCGUAGACGAAGUAAUACCUAAUUCAAAUAUAGUAGAAAAUCAUUCAGAAUCUCCAAUUCAAACUACACAAAUGAAUUAUGAAAAAAAAUCAGAAACAACUACAAAUAAAAAUGACGAAGAAAUCACAGAGGAACCAACAACUACAACUACUGAAAAACAUAACGUAACAGAGGAAAAAAAUAAUGGAACUACUCAAAGGUCAAAAGAUAAUGAACUGGAUAAUAAAAAAGACUGCAAUUGUAAAAACGAUACUUUGAAUAAGGAUAAAGCCGAAUCCGUUAACAAUAACAACGAAACAGAACCCAUUAAAGUUACUUUGGAUGAUUUAUUAAAAAAGGAUGAAUUUUGGCAGUGGCUUUCAAAUUGGACAACAACUUACAUGGAUGUUCUAAAUGAGCGAGUCGAAAAACUAGUUGAUGACAAAGUUGCCAAGUAUUUUGAAAACAAUGAUAAAAAGAAUAACAAUGAUGAAGUUGAUCCAGAUAAAAAGAAUAACAAAAAUAAUGAUACUAUUAAAAUCAAUAAAGAAACAGACGAUAAUGAAAACGAUGACUCUUCAAAAAAAGUAAAUAUUGAUGAACAUAAAACUAAUAACAACAAUUCAAAAAUUAAUAAUGAUGAUAUGAAAAAAUCAAACAAAACCGACAUAGAAACUGGAAAAGAUAUAAUAAAUAGUAACGAAACUGGGACAGAUACAGAAAAAUCAGACCUAGAACCAAUUUCUAAAGACAACAUAAAUAGCACAGAUGAUGAUAUGAGUAAAAAGAAAAAUAAUAGUUUACCUUUUAAUAUUAAAUCAGAUACAAUAUAUGGAAAUACUAUAGACAGCGACCAUGUCACUAACAUUUUCGUAUUCUACCCUAACGUAAAAUUAAAUAAAACUAUUGACCAAUUAGAACCUCUUAUAAAUAAAACUAAUUCAGACAUUUCAGUUAUAGCAAAACCAGCAAAUGUAAUUCUUGAUGAAAGGAUAGGAAUAUCUGAGGAUGAUAAAGAUAACCAAAUAAACAAACCUCAUACUUCAACAGAAAUAUCAAGCAGUACCCAAUCAAAUACAGAAACGAUUAUUGGCAUUACGUCCACAACAGAAAGUCCAACAACAACAGAAGAACUGGCAAAAGGUACACCUAAGGGUAUAGAAGAAUCCAAAAAUAAAAUUUACCCUAAACCAUCAAAUGAUCAUAUUAUUGAUUUGAAAGAACCAGAAAAAGCAACAAAGAAGAUGCAAAAUGAUAACCAAAUCACAACAGAAACGCCAAAGUCUGAUCAUAACGAGACAACAACAGACGCAACUAACACAGAAAAUAUCAAAAAAACAACAAAAUUGAGUGAUAAAGAAGCGACAACAGAAUCAAUCAAAAAAGAAAGUGAAAAAGAAACGACAAUUCUUAGUGAUAAGGAAGUGACAACAGAAUUACCCAAAACAGAAACAACAAAACUUAAUGACAAAGAAACCACAACAGAAUCAAUUAAAACAGAAAAAGACAAAGUAAUAACAAAACAUGAUGACAAAGAAAUAACAAAACAUGAUGACAAAGAGAUAACAACAGAAUUAAGUGAAACAGAAAAUAAUAAACAAACAACAAAACCUGAUGAUAGUAAAACAGCAACGCCAUCAUCUGUUAACAAUGACAACAAUGUAACAACAACUGAUAAGUCCGAAAUUACUACAGAAUCCAGUACUGAUAAGCCAUCAGAUUCUAAUGUGACAGAAAAGUCGAAGGAUUCAAAAGAUACUAGUGAUGUGACAACUACUGAAAAAUCGACUGGCAGU